ACUAGUGCCCAUUGGGUGGUGGGAGUUGUCACCGUCCCAUGCCGCCGCCUACUGGUCUCUAUGGUGAAUGACAGCGCGGUGAGUGGUGGCGACCGAUUCCAAAGCAGAGCACUCUUGAUCAGUGCGCGCCGAGGCCGUCCAUGGCCAACUAUCUCACCUGACUUGCACCUGCCGUGGUCACAAGAUCGGUGACUCGCGCUGUGACCCUUUGUGAUGAUUGUGAUGUGAACCUGUCACUUGGUGACCUGACCCAGUGCUAGAGUGAAAUGUGGGCAUAAGGACUAAGGGAUGGAUACGGAAAGUCCGGUCGUCUGGCCCUCUUGGUGCUACUCAGGCGAGACCGCAACAGAAGCCAUCGAUAGCAGUCCUCAAUUACAAGCCAGCAAGCUGGUGAAGAAGCGCCGAAUGGAGCGCACCAUCACCAACAACAACAACCCCCCAUCAACCCCCGACUAUCACAAUAACAACAACCACGUCAAAAACGAGAGACUGAGUCCGAGCACGCCGGACGUUUCCAGUCGCUCAAGAUCUGUUACACCUUCGUCAAAUUCGCACCCCGACACACCCCCAGCCGACAGCCACCCCCUGCCGCCGGUCUCCGGGAGGAACUACAGCGAUUUCAUGCGGAGUCUCGCCGCCAAAUACAACAACACCAACCCCAAUGAUUAUUUCAGUGCCGCCCGGAACGGCUUCCCCCCGCCACUUGACCCCCGUUUCAAGUCGAAUUUCCCCAAUCUGCUCCCAAGUCUCCCCAAAGAAGCGGAGAAGAAGAGCGAUUUCAGCUCACUUCUCAACCCUUUUGCCAACACGUCAAUGUUUCCCCCAUUGAUCGACAUGUCCACGACGCAGACCUUGCUGGCCAUGGUGCGGACGGCCAAAGAAGCCGAACUGCAAGGACUUCUCAAAAGUGUGAAAAGACAAGACGCCUCGUCUCCGUUGGACUUAUCGGCGGCUGCGCCCCCCCUUAAAAGGCCUCGCAUGAAAACGUCUUCGUCGAGUAGUCCCAGCACCGUGUCCAAAAGGGCGCAGUCCGAGAGUCCACGACUGCACGAGGACGUGUCCAGUUGGACAGUGGACGAUGUGUGCAAUUUCGUGUCGAGUAUUGACAUCUGUGCCGAAUACGCCCAGAACUUCCGUGACCAGAGAAUAGAUGGCUCCGGCCUUCCUCUCCUGACUGAAGAACACCUCACGACCACAAUGAACAUGAAACUAGGGCCGGCCCUCAAGUUGCGCUCUCUGUUGGCGAAAAAAAUCGGCUCUUGCAGCGUGUGUCUGCACUGCACGCAUUGUCACAACAGCACCGGAUCCCCGGAGCCGUCCAACACCGCCGGAAACACAUCGGAUUCCGGAGGCGCGUCAUGAUCGCCGUCCACUGCCUUUUAUUUAUUUCGUUAUUGUUGUACUUGGAUUGUUCCCGGAUUAAGUACAAAGAUGUAGAGUAGAGGAGCGCGCGGAGCUGGAAUCCUGAUCGAGACGUGCCUAACUAACUGCUCACUGUAAUAUUACGUAGAAUAGUUCCUAAUUUUUGAUAUGAUAGCCAACGAAUUGUUGCUCAACAGCAGGGCGAAAUUAUUAGAUGUACGGUUAAGCUACAUUCUCUUCUACUUAAGCUAGAUUUUGUACAGUAUUUUGUUAAUUCAUGUUUAUGUACCUUGUAUUGAAGUUAAAGUAAUUUUAUAUAAAGAAUUUAAAUUGAA